GAGAGAGGCUAUUUUAGGAAUUUAUCACCGGGCGAGACAGAAAUAGACUAAAAAGGCGAGGGUUGCUUUUGCACCAUCGAAUAGCAUAGCAAUUCACCACUGCACGACCACAAUUUUCACACUAUCCUAUUGUCUCUAUUGCGCUGAACGCUGUUUUUUGGCAAUUCCGAUGCGAAUGAGUGGAAGACUCUGAUUUUUUUGCGUUUCUGCGGAGAGCUUGUAAAAAUCCAGCCUCUUCGGUCGCCGCGGUGACAGUUGCUGAGUUUGUGAGCCGCAAAGUCUGCUCCGGAAAAGGUCCGAAAGAGAAUUUGACAGCCGGAUGUUUUGAUUCGCGUUUCUGGACGAUAAAUAUAUUAUGAACUCGGAGGAAAAGGAUCCUCUGGCCAUAUCUGAGGAGGAGGCUCCUCGGGAGACAGCAGCUGCAGCCGCGCCAAUUGUUAAGCGUCGGAGGAAGAGAAAGAAGCUGCCCAAGGAUGGGCCCAAGCCCAUAAUCACGGGCUAUGUGAGGUACAUGAACGAGAACAGGGAAAUCAUCAGAGGCCAGUUUCCAGAUGUGCCAAUCGGUGAGAUUACGCGUAAACUGGCUCAGGGCUGGGCAGGCCUCACGGAUGAGCAGAAGAAGCCUUAUUUGGAUGCGGCGGACCUGGACAAGGACAGAUUCAGUCGUGAAAUGCAGGAAUAUCGCGAGAAUCAGGCCAAGAAGAUGGCCAUAGAAGAGCCCAAAGUAACUCAAGUGGUCGAAGAGAGGCCCAAAUCCGUGGAGAAACCCACGCCGACAGAGAAUUUCGAGCACAAGAACGGAGAUUUUGACAUCCCCAUCUUCACCGAUGAAUUCCUGGACCACAACAAGAUAGUGGAGGCGGAAUUGCGGGCACUGAGAAAGUCCUUCACGGACUACGAGCAGCAAAACUCGGUGCUGGAGAAGCACGUCGAGAACAUGAGAAAUGGAAUCAAUAAGCUCACCAAUGAAACCACCGAUAUGACGACCAAUAACAAAGUUCUUCUGGCGUAUCUCGAGAAGCUGCGCUCAAAGCUGGUGAACGCGAUGGGAAGCCUCCCGAUGGCUUCUGGGAGCGAACAUAACAUCACCAUGGACAACAUCGAUGACUUCCUGCAGGAUUUGCCCACAGCCCACGGCGCGGCGACGCUCAAUAAGGCAAAAGAUCUUAUCCGGAAGCUCGAUCUCAACAUUCAAGUGUGACUCUCUCUCUCUCUCUACUACUCAAUAAAUCUCAAGAGACAAAUUUA